UCCGCGGCCUCACGCAGACUGACGGCUCGGGAAGGAGAACCGGGGAGGAGGAGGAGGAGGAGGAGGAGGAAGAGGCGAUGACGCAUUCCCUCUAAUAAACAAUGGCUCCCCCAUUUCUAGAAACUCGAAACUCCUCUCAUCCCGACACCUCGCCCACGUGACCACGAUUCCUUAUUUAGUUGGGUAAAGUUAGAAAGAUAUUCACAGAUUCGGACUUUGCGGAUCAAUAACUCGUGAAUAAAACAACCUCACACACCAGAGCUCUUUCUAAUCGGUGUCACGACUGUGAGCUCCAACCUCGUUUCCCUCCGAACCAGCCUCAUCUCUCUCUCUGUGAGGACCGCACCGUGAGGAAACCAAGUAAUCAAUAUAAGCAAUAUUUUGGUUGAAAUAACCUUUAAUUUUUAUCGUUUUUUUGUUCAAAUAACGUUUGUAAAUUACAUAUACAUCUUACAUGUUGUAUGUUAUAUAGUUAGUUAUCUUACCUUAUAAAAAUCAUGAAUCCUGACAGAGCGGUCCUGACGGUGCGGUCGUUCAACUAUAGCUCGAUAGGGGGCGCUAAAGCGGGGUCCUCACCGUGCGGUCCUGAAAGUGCUGCCUCCGGCUCUGCAGACACAUGAAGGCUCGCCGGCUCAGGGACCGUCGGCAAAUUACCGUAUCGGAAGAGAAUGUCAAACAAAAUUCAAGAACUUCUCCAAACUGACAAAUGAAGUCUUCAAAAUCACAACAAACAUAAAGGACCACGUGUAAUUCAUACUACAUGUCAUAUUUUUUAAAAGUUAUGGAAAAAAUACUUUCAAGGGGGAAUGCUGUAUUGCUGAAAACACAGCCAAUGCCAUCAAAGCUAUGAGACCUACCAACAAAAUGAGAACAAAACAUGAAAGGUGAUCUCCUUGACUUUACACGAAAGCUGUAACUUAAGCAAAAACAUUUUGAUUUGAUUUACUUAAUAGAGUGGAUUACUGUAUAAGGACAAUAAUAGCUGUUGUAACUUCUGUUGUUUACUGUAGAGCCACAAAACUUGGCCUGAUCUAAUACUUGAUCCAACAAUGUGGACGAAUUAACUGGUUAGGACGCUCAAAAGUUGACGCAUAUUCUCAUAGAGCUUUGAAUUAGUAAUUAAAAUAUAUAAAUAUACCUUGAAUAAACAAUAUAAACCCAUGAAAGCAGUGCUGAAGCCCAAAAAGACAAAACUCCGAGGAGUAAACACACAAAUACUGAAAAACAAAAACGAAUCAUGACGCCAUGCUGGAAGCAGAAAGUGGGCGGGGCCGCCCUGCAGGUGUCCCUCAUCACACAGGUGAGCCGGAUGAAGAGGUCAGAGGUCAGCGUCCUCCAGCAGAGCGGGGAGACAUGCUGCUGGUCCUGGCGUCGCUGUGUCUGCUGGCGGGGGAGUCGGGGGCGACCGGAGAGACAGUAGAUUUCAGUCAGAAAACAUCAAACUGGACGGAUCAAAGCAACCUCACGGCCGCCGGGACUCAAAACUUCAGCGGUGAAGCGUUGAAUCCGGAGAACGUGACUCUGAAUGGGACUGUGCCGGAACCCAGAUCUUUCUCGGGACACUUUAAUUUCAGCGCUCUGGCCGGAGUUCGCUCCUUCGUCCGGGAGCAGGAGGCGGAGAACCGGAUCAUGGGGGGCCAGGAGGCCUGGGCUCACUCGUGGCCCUGGCAGGUCUCGCUGAGGUUGGCGUCGACGCCGGCCUGCGGGGGCGCCGUCGUCUCGCCGCUGUGGGUGGUCUCCGCGGCGCACUGCUUCAGAAGGUCCGGUGGCACCAGGGUCUUUCUCGGGACGAGGACCGGAUCGUCUCCGAGACUCCUCUGGCUUUCUUUCUGCAGGUACAGCAAAGCUUCGGUGUGGACGGUUCUGGCGGGAAAACACGACCUGGACAAUCUGCUGGAGUCUGGACAGCAGCUGGUCGGCGUCUCCUCCAUCAUCUCCCAUCACGACUACAACUUCCGGACCAAAUCCGGCGACGUGGCUCUGCUGAGGCUGCAGCAGCCGCUGGUCUUCAACCAGUUCGUCCGUCCCAUCGACCUGUGGAUGAGCCCGCUGCCGGUGUCCAAACGCUGCACCGUCACCGGCUGGGGCUCCACCCAGGAGAACGGUCCCCGGAUGCACAGACUGCAGGAGGUGAACGUCACGGUGCUGCCCUCCGAGACCUGCAACCGGUACUACAGCGGCCGGAUCAGGCACAACAUGUUCUGCGCCGGGAAGGACCAGGGAGGGGUGGACGCCUGCCAGGGGGAUUCUGGAGGUCCUCUGUCCUGCUUCACUGGGAUCAGGCAUGAGUUGGCCGGUUUGGUGAGUUGGGGCAUCGGUUGUGGUCGAGCCAAACGGCCAGGAGUGUACACCAGAGUCCAGCAGUACGCCGACUGGAUGUCCGACACCAUGAACGCUCACAGCGUGGAGUCUGCAGACAACCUCUUAGCCGAAGAGGAUCCCUGUGGUAAGCAGCAGAGCUCCGGCUGCGAUCGGGCUCCAGGACUGGCUGAGGUCUUACUGUCCGACGACGGUAAGGUGUCCGUGGGGAACGUGUCGGAAAGCUGCCCCUUCCUCUGGCCCUGGCAGGUCAGUCUGCAGUCCAACGGACGCCAUUACUGCAGCGGUGUGCUAAUCCACCGCCGCUGGGUGCUGACCGCCAGGCACUGCAGCGUCAGAGCGAAGGAGGAUGUGGUGGUUCUGGGAGUCCACGACGUGCACUUCCUGUCCAGUCAGUCCGUGGUGGUGGAUGAAGUCUUCAACCCGCCGCUGGACGCCGGUUUCCCUCCGAGAUCGGACCUGUCGCUGCUCCGCCUGAGCGUCGCUGCCAGAAUAGGCCCAAAUGUGUCUCCAGUUUGUGUCCCGGAGGAGGACGAGGAGCCGGACCACAGCUGGUCCUGUGUGACCGCCGGUUGGGGCGCCGUCAAGGCAGCAGAGGACAUCAGCCCAGACCGGCUGCACCACACCAGGCUGACCCUGGUCAAUGAGACCGGCUGCAAGGAGGAGUGGGGGGACUUCGUUGGCGAUUCUCACAUCUGCUGUCACCCCGCUGGAUCAACUUCCUGUCUGGGUGAUGCUGGAGCGCCGCUGUUCUGCCAGAAACGUGGAACCUACUUCCUGUUCGGCAUGGCGUCAUGGGGCAGCUGGCGCUGUGAUGCCCAGAAACCGGCGGUCCUCACCAAAGUGCCGGACUUCUGCGGAUGGAUCCACCAGGUCACCCAGAACUACUGAAACCCCCCAAACAGAGAUUAAAGUCUGAGUUCCCCGCCUCAUGCUCGUCAGUGUCUUCACUCCACCGGACUCUGCGGACGUUAAACCCUACUGUGGUAACUGUCUUCUGGUUGUAACGGAGGACAGGGUUGACAUUGGAGACAAGGAUGGACAGACUGGAUGUUACAGAGGUCAGUUUGAGACCGACAGUUUUGAUCUCACAUUUAUUUGUAUUAGAAAAAAAAAACUUUUCUGG